AUGCCACACAACAACCCCAAGAACAACUCUAGCAACAACUCCAGCAACAACUCCAGCAACAACUCCAGCAACAACUCCAGCAACAACUCCAGCAACAACUCCAGCAACAACUCCAGCAACAACUCCAGCAACAACUCCAGCAACAACUCCAACAACAAGAGCUCCAGCAACAUUGCCGUCGGCCGGCCGGCAGUUUCACUGCGGCUGGCCGACGCGGUCCUCAUAUAG